AUGUUUAGUCCCAAGAUCCUACCUUGCGAGAUACGACAAUCCUAUUCGCGGCUUCUCUCGUCCACUGACUCCACUCGCCAUCAAAAUCUCCCGACGGAUGGCCCUGUAGAAGUACGGCUCGGCUCUCAAAGCCUAUUUCGCGAAAUGCGGCUCCGCUGUAUGUUAAACAUCUGCUUCGUCUUUGGCAGCCUCUCUUCUGCCCAUGCUGCGCCGUCGCCAAAAGACUCUUCUUCCCCAACGACGGACAGCAUCUUCCCCAUCAGCUUUGUGGGGAAUAUCGCGUCCCUUCAGCAGACCAACUUUGCCGGUGACACCCGCAUUUACAUGCAACAGCCUGACAACAGCAUCACUGAGCUUAACAUCAACGGCCCCCUCUCCAGCGCACGUCUGGUCGGCACAAUGACUCUCGUGCCUGCAGCAGAAGUCCAAUUCCAGUCCCUCAUCGCCGCUGUUUCUCUGGAUCCUGGAGCAUUUGGCGUUGAGGCCCAUGUCUUCUUCAUAUCGCCACAGAACACUCUCGCUGAAUACUUCACCGCGAACAACCAGCCAUGGAAAGGCGGGGUCAGUUGCACGACAUGCAUCGAUCGCCAGGGCUUUGCUGUCCAGCCGGGAAACCGGGUGUUAUAUGCGAUGUCGACGCAAGCGCCGGAGGGUACAGGCAACUUUAAGCUACGCGUGGGUUUUGUCAGCGCUGGCUCGCCCGGUACACUUUCUGAGGCGGAAUUCAAUCCGAGUACCGGAUGGAAAUUGGUUCAGCUGCAAGCAUGA